AUGAAUUCGAUAAUUUCAAUCAUUUUAUUUGUAGCAUGGUUUGGCAUUGCACAAGGUGCUACAGUCACAUUCAAUGUGAUAACAUUUGGUGCAAAACCAGAUGGGAAAACCGACGCAACUCAGCCGUUCCUUAAGGCAUGGGCGGCGGCGUGCACGGCCACGACGGCGUCCAGGAUUUACGUUCCGAAAGGGCGUUACCUAUUGAGGUCCGCGGAGUUUAGAGGGCCAUGCAAAAAUAAGAUCAGAGUUCAAAUUGAUGGAACUCUUGUAGCUCCGCUUGACCACCGUGCCCUUGGAAAUUCCGACUACUGGAUUCUUUUUAUUCAGGUCAAUUGGCUUUCUGUCGUCGGGGGAAAUUUAGACGCUAAGGGCGCCGGAUUAUGGGCCUGCAAGGCUUCCGGCCAAACUUGCCCCACCGGAGCAAGGUCAAUCACAUUUAAUUGGGUUAAUAACGGUGAGAUAAAAGGGUUAACCUCGAUUAAUAGCCAAUUGAUGCACAUUGUGAUCAAUAGUUGCAAGAAUGUGAAAGUGAGCAAUGUGAAGAUGAUAGCACCCGAUCUAAGCCCUAACACAGAUGGGAUUCAUGUACAAUCCUCCACCGGAGUCACUAUUACCAAUGCCCUCAUCCAAACCGGCGACGACUGUAUAUCCAUCGGCCCCGGGACUAGAAAUUUAUGGAUGGACAAAAUCAAAUGCGGCCCGGGACACGGUGUUAGCAUUGGGAGUUUGGGCCGAAGUUUUGAAGAAGACGGCGUGGAAAAUGUGACACUAAUAAAUUCGGCUUUCAGUGGGUCGGAAAACAGGCUUCGUAUUAAAACAUGGGCCCGGCCUAGCAAGGGAUUUGUCAGAAAUAUUAAUUUCCGAAAUAUAGUUAUGAAGAAUGUUGAGAAUCCAAUCAUCAUAGACCAAAAUUACUGCCCCAACAAUCAAGGAUGUCCUAGCCAGGGUUCGGGAAUCAAAAUAAGCCAGAUUACAUACCAAAACAUACAAGGAUCAUCUGCAACAAAAGUAGCAAUGACAUUUGAUUGCAGCCAUACCAAUCCAUGCAGCAAUAUCAAAUUACAUGACAUUAAACUCACAUAUUUGAAAUCAACUAAAGCACAAUCUUACUGCAAAAACAUCGCCGGAAGUUCCGCCGGAGUCAUCAUGCCUGAAAAUUGCUUGUAA